CCUGGCCGCCAGGAGGCGCUGUAACCGAGCUCCCGCCUUCCCCUGCUCCAAUCUUUUAAGUCUGUGUUACCAGAAGGAAGAGCUGGAGCUGCUGAAAUUAUGGCUGAAGGGGGAUCAGAAACAGAGUCAGACGUCAGGAAUAAGCUGCAGGAACUAGUAGACAAACUUUAUCAUUUCCGGGACCACUAUUUUGAGAACCACAGUGUGGAGGAUGCAAUCCGUAAACAGUAUGAUGUGAAACAAGAAAUGGAACAAACCAUUUUGCUUAUAGAGGAGGCUGAUGAUGCCUGGAAGAACAAGGCUUUUUUCUUAAUGCUGAAAGGGAAGGCUCUGAAUGUGACCCCAAACUAUUGCUCAGAGGCUGAGGAGGUCCUCUCUAAGGCCGUUAAACUGGAGCCGGGGCUGGUAGAUGCCUGGAAUCAGCUUGGAGAGGUGUAUUGGAAGAAAAUGGAUGUUGCUUCUGCCAAAACUUGCUUUUUGGGCGCCCUGAAUCAUUGUAAAAACAAGGUCUCAUUGCGUAACCUCUCAAUGGUGAUGAGGCAGCAGCGCUCACAGGAUGCUGAUGAGAAUUCUCGGAACAUCAUGGAUAGUGUGAAACAAGCCAAACAAGCUGUUCAGAUGGACACAAGGGAUGGGACCUCCUGGUAUAUCCUUGGCAAUGCAUAUCUCUCGCUGUUCUUCUGCACUGGACAGAACCCUAAAAUUUCCCAGCAGGCUCUGAAUGCUUACCUACAGGCGGAGAGAGUUGACAAGACUGCUUCCAGUAAUCCAGAUCUACACCUCAACCGAGCAACUCUGUGUAAGUAUGAGGAGAACUAUCAGGGGGCGCUGGAUGGCUUCUCUCGAGCGGCUGCCCUGGAACCCUCUUGGACGGAGCCUGUAAUGAGGGAAGAACAGCUACUCGAUUACCUUGGCAGACUGAUUGGCCUGUUGGGGAACAAGGGAAAAAUACGGGGUAAACGACUGCAGAACAUGCUAAGCACCUUAACCCCAGGGCUCCUAGGUCACUAUGGAAGUUCUGGGGGACUACAGCUAAAGCCACUCAGUGCUCUGCAGCUAGGAAGGAACGCUGGCUGUGUGGCGCUUGGGAGGGUCGUAUUCAGCCUAGUGCCUGAGGAACGAGUUCCAUUCUCAUUUGGGCUUGUUGAUGCAGAUGGAACUUGUUAUGCUAUCAUGGUUUACAAUAUGGUGGAAAGCUGGGGAGUUCUCAUAGCAGAUUCCGUGACGAUUCCUGAACCUCACCUGAAACAGCACAACAUACAGCACAAAGGCCAGACGUUUGCAUUCCAAAGUAUACGUGUGGAUACCCCUGUGCGAUUGUUGGUGAAUGGGAAGCCACAAGGGCCAAGCACUCAGGCCAGCGCAUCAGUGGCUUACAGACCCCAGAGCGAGUAAUUGCAGGACAGCGGGUUCUGUCCUGGAUGCUGUGAAAACGUGGACAAAGAGGCAGACAUGUCAAAUCUGCCAUGUGUCCCUGACAGUCUGCGCUGAAGAGACUUACAAACUGCACUAAUCUGGUACAAUACAGUUCAUUUUCUCUAAUGCCUAUCCACACGGUAAGGGAUGUUUAGCCUAGCUCUCCGGCACAUGUCCACAUUCCGUAACGCUUCUUGUAUGUCCCAUGUGCUAUUUUUCCCAGUUUCAGAUCUUUUUGUUUUAUCAGCUGUAGUUGUAUUUAUAAUGCAGAAUCGUGACUAUUUAUUUUGCCAGUACUUCUUGUUGCCCUCUUAUUUAGAGGAGGAUUACAAUUUUGUUUUUUUCUUUUGUAUAAAAAUAAAAGUACAAUUAUUUACUA